AUGGGGGUUGCGGAUGCCAUGGCUGAAGAGUUCACCUACUUUUGUCGCUGCGACGUUUGCCGCUGCAGCCUUUUUCGCGGUGACAACUGGUAUCACAAGCCCGGAACCAACUACGACCUAUGUGCCCGAGACUUUGCUAAGCUCUCGGCUGAGGAGCGGCAGGUGUACGUGAACAUUGCCACCAGCAGUGACCUUGGUAGCCAGCAGAAUGAAUACAUCUUGGAAAUCAAUCAGUACUUGGCUCGUUGCGACCAAUGCAGCAAAGCAGUUUCUUUGGGAGAUGACUGGUACCACAAGCAAGCAGAAGGAAACUACGACCUUUGCGCCCACCAUUGGAAGGACCUUCCAGAUGCAACCAGGAACCAGUACGUGAAUGUUUACGCCAGCAAGGUCUUGGGUGAGAGGAAGCUUCAGUAUGUGCUGCAAGAAGAAAUUGACAUCGCUGAAAGAGAUUUGGUGAUGGUCGUGCUAGAUGUUGAGGGCACUCUCAUGCCAGAAGCUUGGCUAGAGCUUCAGAAGAAAACCGGCAUUGAAGGCUUGAAGCGAACCACUGCCCAUGAGCCGGACUACGACAAGCUCAUGAGAUACCGAAUCAACUUGCUGCGGGAGCACAACAUUAAGCUCGGCGACAUGAUAGAGGUGGUGAAAGAUUUAAAACCAUUGCCCGGUGCCAAAGAGUUCCUGGACUGGCUCAAGCCACUGGUGCCACGCAUCCUGCUGCUGACGGACACCUUCGAGGAGUAUGCCAUGCCGAUGUUUGAACAACUUGGCUACCCCUCGGUUUUUUGCAAUUCUUUGGUGGUUGACAGCGACGGCUUCAUUUGCGAUCACAUUUUGCGUUUGAAAGAUCAGAAGCGCAAGGCCGUGGAGUCCUUCCAGAGAUUGAAUUUCAGAGUCAUUGCUGUUGGGGAUUCUUUCAAUGACGUUUCCAUGCUCACUGCUGCGGAGCGUGGCAUUUUGAUCUACCCCUCCGAGAAGGUGAGGAAAGCACAUCCAGAAUUUCCUGUGGCAAAGGACCACAAUGACCUUCGCGCGAAGAUAGGUCGAAUUUUGAGUGCCAACAAGCAAAUUCUGCCCAAGAAGUUGGCCGAUCCACCUCCGCUGAGCGCUACAGCCUCCUCACGAACCAUGUGGCUUCUUGUCUGCAAUGUUGCCGGGUUCUUGGCUCCAGAGCCCUGGAUAGCCGUGCAGCAGAGAACUAACAUUCCCGAAUUGAAGGUGACCACUGCCCAGGAGCCAGAUUAUGCAAAGCUUAUGGCGCUACGUUCCUCUGCUUUGCGGACCAAUGGCGUCAAGCUGCAGCAAAUUGUAGACAUCAUGGAUGGUCUGGAACUCCUGCCGGGAGCUACGCAGUUCUUGGCAUGGCUGAAGCCGAUUGUUCCACGGACAUUCAUGAUUACUGAUGGGCCCGAAGCACCUGGAUUACAGAGAACACUUGUGCGAAUUUUCAGUGCCAGGCCCUAA